ACAGAGAGGUCCCUGGACUAGACCGUUUCCCGUUGGGAGCAAGGAGACGGUCACUGGCUCAUGCCCCACCCCACCUUUUUGGGCCGGUUUCCCCCAGGCAAACGCCGGGCUGCUCACGCCACUUUUUGCGGCCGCCGUAAAGCGCGACGUUCGUCUGCGACCCCACCCCUUCCCGUGCCUCCUGUGACGCGGACGCCCUGGGCUUUUUGCGCGGGAAAAGGAAGCCGACCGGGGCUCUAUCUGGAAACCACUGUUUUCGUAGAGGUACCCGCCGGCUACGGCCCGGUCCCCGGCAUGGGGCUGCUGGAGCUGUGCGAGGAAGUGUUUGGCACAUCCGACCUCUACCGGGUGCUCGGCGUGCGACGUGAGGCCUCAGACGGCGAAGUCCGACGCGGCUACCACAAGGUGUCCCUGCAGGUGCACCCAGACCGGGUGGGCGAGGGCGACAAGGAGGAAGCCACCCGCCGCUUCCAGAUCCUCGGAAAAGUCUAUUCCGUUCUGAGUGAUCAAGAUCAGAGAGCAGUGUAUGAUGAGCAGGGAACAGUGGACGAGGACUCUGCUGUGCUCAAUCAAGACCGGGACUGGGAAGCGUAUUGGAGGUUACUCUUCAAAAAGAUAUCGCUAGAAGACAUUCAAGCUUUUGAAAAAACAUACAAAGGUUCUGAAGAAGAGCUGGCUGAUAUUAAACAGGCCUAUCUGGACUUCAAGGGUGAUAUGGACCAGAUCAUGGAGUCGGUGCUGUGUGUGCAGUACACAGAGGAACCCAGAAUAAGGAACAUUAUUCAGCAAGCCAUUGACAAGGGAGAGGUCCCAUCCUAUAAUGCCUUUGUCAAAGAAUCGAAGCAAAAGAUGAAUGCAAGGAAAAGGAGGGCUCAGGAAGAGGCUAAGGAAGCAGAAACCAGCAGGAAGGAGUUGGGACUUGAUGAAGGGAUGGAUAAUUUGAAAGCAGCAAUUCAGAGCAGACAAAAGGAUCGACAAAAGGAAAUAGACAGUUUUCUGGCUCAGAUGGAAGCAAAGUACUGCAAACCUUCAAGAGGAGGAGGGAAGAAAACAGCUCUCAAGAAAGAAAAGAAAUAAUGGAUUUUUCUCUUCAAAGGUCCUUAUACUAAAGGUACCUUUGUAGGCAUUGGAGUCAAGAUUUGAAGGCAAAAGUCAAUGCAGUCCCUGGGAGAAAUUGUCUUUCCAGACUAAAUUAUUCAGAUCAACUUUGUAAACCAAGCAGAAUCUCUCAGUCUGAUUUUGGUAUUUCCUGGAAAGCACCUGACAUUCUGUGAGGUCCUACACAAAGGAAAUUCGUGGUGAUAGUUGGGGGAGGCUGCUAUACUUUCUUGACAGCACAUGUGUGCAUGGAUCUCUUCUGUAAAUGGAUCUCUAUAUAGAAUGUGGGUCUGUCGCAUACUGCCUUUAGCAGUUGUCAUUUUGCCCCACAGGAGUGAGUUGCAGAAUAUUCAGGGUGAUGUACACAUGUAUUAGAACAGGUACUCCACCUAGCUGGAACACUUUCAGAACACUUGCCAAAUAGCUUUCUGCAGAAUACUUGCCAGUUUGCCUUUGGUCUUAAUGGUCUUGAAUAGACCCUCUCUCCUUUUUGUUUUACUCAACCAGGUGUACUCUAUGCUUGAUAGCUAGGAAAGACAGGUGUUCACAUUACUUCAGGCAUUUUUGUAAGACUUGUAUGUGAUUAAAUAAAACUAGUAAAAAAAUCUAA